CAUUGCUCUUAUUUGUUUGUGGGUGGCCUAAUUUCUGUAGGAACAAAGGAGUGCCCAGUUCUAGUAACCUAUAGCAACCAAUCACCAGACAGUAGCACAUUUUAAAAACCCUAUAAUGUCUUAUCGCUGUAUGAAAAGUCGUUCAGUAAUGCGCCUUACGAAACCAACGUUAUUCACCAAUAUCCCGGUGACAUGUGAAGAAAGAGAUCUUCCAGGAGACCUAUUUAGCAUACUAAUGAAAGAUGACCCUUCGACAGUGAAAGGUGCAGAAACACUAAUGCUGGGAGAAAUGCUUACACUGCCGCAGAACUUUGGGAAUAUAUUUCUCGGGGAGACUUUUUCAAGUUACAUCAGCGUUCAUAAUGACAGUAAUCAAGUCGUAAAAGACAUACAAGUAAAGGCAGAUCUACAGACAAGCUCCCAGCGGUUAAAUCUGUCCGCGUCCAGCGCAGUGGUAGCCGAACUAAAACCAGAUACAUGCAUCGAUGAUGUAAUUCAUCAUGAAGUUAAAGAAAUAGGAACACACAUAUUGGUAUGUGCUGUUAGUUAUACCACCCAGACAGGAGAGAAGAUGUAUUUUAGGAAGUUCUUCAAGUUCCAGGUCCUGAAACCUCUUGAUGUCAAGACCAAGUUCUACAAUGCAGAGAGUGACCUCAGUUCUGUGACAGACGAGGUGUUUUUGGAAGCGCAGAUUCAAAAUAUCACCACCUCGCCAAUGUUUAUGGAGAAGGUUUCCUUGGAGCCAUCCAUCAUGUACAAUGUGUCGGAGCUAAACACUGUAAUCACAAAUGGUGAUGGGUCAUCUACCUUUGGAACAAAAACCUAUCUACAACCACUAGACACACGGCAGUAUCUGUACUGCUUAAAACCAAAGCCAGAAUUCGCUGAAAAAGCAGGAGUCAUUAAAGGUGUCACUGUGAUAGGAAAGCUGGACAUUGUAUGGAAAACAAACCUGGGAGAAAGGGGGAGACUCCAAACUAGCCAGCUGCAGCGAAUGGCUCCAGGCUAUGGAGAUGUGCGGCUUUCUAUAGAAACUAUUCCUGAUACUGUUCGACUGGAGGAACCAUUCGAUAUUACAUGUAAAAUCACAAACUGCAGCAGUGAAAGAACCAUGGAUCUGGUUUUGGAGAUGUGCAAUACAAAUGCAAUUCAUUGGUGUGGAGUUUCGGGCAGGCAGCUAGGAAAGCUUCACCCCAGCUCCUCUCUGCAUCUGACCCUAACGCUGCUGUCUUCCGUUCAAGGGCUGCAGAGUGUUUCGGGAUUACGAUUGACGGACACAUUUCUGAAAAGAACAUAUGAAUACGACGACAUUGCACAGGUCUGUGUGGUCUCCUCAAAACUCAAAGCAGAAAGCUGAUUCUCAGAUAUGGUUUUUAAAGAUCUUUGUAACAAAAGGGCCAACGCCUCCCAGAAUCCCUCCCAUCACUGGCAUGUACCAACGAAUGGCGUACCUUGGACUUGCAGGGCAUUGCAGCAUGUUUUUAUUGUUUAAUAAUGACAGUUCUGUGAAUCUGUGUACAUUUAUUUUAAAUGAAAUGAUGUUUUGUUUUUAAAACAUUCUGGGACUGAUUUACUAACACAAGCGCUAAACUACACCAGUACCAAUCAGUUUGUUUGCUUUUAUUUUCUAACUUGUACUAGGCUUCCGUAUGGUAAUUGCUGAUUGGUUGCAACAGGCAACAGCAGUUUAGCACUUAUGUUGUUAAAUCAGCCCCUCUAUGUAUUUUAUCUAAUAUUUCAGUAAAUAAACUGUAUAUAGGAAUUUAAAUAUUUACGUUUAUUAAAAAAAAAAUAAAACACAGUUGUAAAUGCUU